AUGGCCACACCAACUCACCAAGCGCAGAGGCUCGUCUCUGGGGCUCACAUUCGUCACUGGACGUUUCCAAACGGCUGGCGCAACGGCUCAUCCAAGCUUUGCCGACGUUAUAUAUCCAGCUCUGGAGGGCAUCAAGCCGGUCGGCCAGCAUGGAAUCCAAUGUGGGCAGGAGCUGUGGCACUCGCGGUCGGAGUUCCCAUAGCAAUGCAAUGGAACACCCCGCAAGGCGUAAGCCUCGACGCAGCGACUCUCGCGGAGAAAGACGCCCAGAAGAAACGGGAGGCAGCCAUUACCGAGGACUCACCAAUGCGGCUACGAAUGGAAAAGUUUAUCAAGGAACAACAGCAAGUAAUCGUUAAAGAACUUGAGAAGGUAGAUGGAAAGUUUUUUCGCAAAGACGAGUGGACCCGAGAAAACGGUGGUGGUGGCAUAUCUUGCGUUCUUCAAGACGGCAACGUAUUCGAGAAGGCUGGUGUCAACAUCAGUAUCGUGUACGGCUCCCUCCCGAAGCCCGCUAUCCAGAAGAUGCACGCAAAUCAUAAGAUGCUGGACCCAAGCGUGGAGUCGUUAGACUUUUUCGCCGCCGGCUUAAGCAUGGUUCUUCACCCCAAGAACCCGAUGGCGCCAACAGUUCACCUCAAUUACAGAUACUUCGAAACCGCAAAUCCGGAUGGCUCAUCUCAGGCGUGGUGGUUUGGUGGUGGCAGUGACCUGACGCCCUCAUACCUCUUCGACGAGGACGCCAUCCACUUCCACAAGACACUGAAAACGGCAUGUGACGCCCACGAUAAGACCUAUUAUCCGCGAUUCAAGAAGUGGUGUGAUGAGUAUUUCUACAACAAGCACAGAGGCGAAUGCCGUGGUAUUGGUGGGAUCUUUUUUGACGACCUCGACGACUCAGAACGUGAUCAAGAGAACACCUUUGCUUUUAUCCAGGACUGCUUAAAAUCCUUCAUUCCGUCAUAUCUUCCGAUCUUGGAGAAACGCAAGGAUAUGCCAUUUACAGCAGAAGAGAAAGACUGGCAGCAAAUUCGACGUGGCAAGUAUGUUGAAUUUAACCUCGUACACGACCGAGGCACGGCAUUUGGACUGAACACCCCGGGGUCUCGGGUCGAAAGCAUACUCGUUAGUCUACCUUUAACUGCGAGUUGGAAGUACAUGCAUGAGCCAGAACCCAAAAGUAGGGAGCAGCGCCUUGUAGACGUUUUGAAAGACCCCAAAGAGUGGGUUUGA